AUGGCGGCCUCCUCCUACCGCAACCUCACCACCCCCAACUUCACCCUCACCCUCCCCGCCCCCUACAUCGCCCAGAUCGAAGUCAACCGCCCCUCCAAACUCAACGCCUACACGACCGAAAUGUUUUUCACUCUCGGAAAAAUUUUCCACACAUUAUCCCGUGAUCCGGAUGUUCGAGUGAUUAUCUUGACUGCAAAGGGAGAUAAGGCGUUUACGGCCGGGUUGGAUGUGAGUGUUGCUGCGAAGGAGGGGCCGUUGAGUUUGGUUUUUGGGGAGGGAGGGAAGGGGGAGGGGAUUGAUGGGGGGAUUGAUGGGAAGGGAGGAGAGGAAAAGGAUGUGGCGAGAAAGGCGUGGGAGUUGAGGAGGCAUAUUAAAGAGAUUCAGAAACCGGUUAGUGAGAUUGAGGGGUGUGAGAAGCCGGUGAUUUGUGUGAUGCACGGUAUCUCCUACGGCGCCGCAAUCGACAUUUCCACCUGCUGUGACAUCCGCCUCUGUACACGCGACACCAUCUUCAGCGUACGCGAAGUCGCCAUCGGACUCGCCGCGGAUUUGGGCACGCUCUCGCGUCUCCCACAAACAGGGGUUUCGAUGAGUUUUAUCAAAGAUGUGGCUCUGACGGCGCGGGAUUGGGAUGCGGCAGAGGCGUUGCAGGUCGGGUUUGUGAGUGGAGUGUAUGAGGACAAGGGCAAGGCGUUGGAGAGGGCGAUGGAGUUGGCGAGGACGAUUGCGGAGAAGAGUCCUGUGGCUGUGCAGGGGACGAAGGCGGUGGUGAAUUAUUCGAGGGAUCAUUCUAUUGAGGAUGGUCUCGAUUAUAUUGCAGUUUGGAAUGCGGCUAUGCUUCAAACUAAAGAUGUGAGUGAUGCUCUCCUUGCCGGGCUGGGGAAGAAGAAGCGCAAGCCAGUUUUUGCAAAGUUAUGAAUGUGAUGAUACAGUAUGAUGUCGUCUAUCUUAUCGUCAGGACCAUUGUUGUUGGAGAUAGAAUCAAUCACCUACUUUCAACGAGUGACAGAAAAC